AUGCUUGCUAAACGGUGUCUGGAAAAAUCACCUGCAUUCAUUAAAUCUUUGGAAUUUAUAUUCCCAACAGCCAAAAUGGGUGGCGUUGUUAGUUCUGGUCAGAAUAAUGAUGACCUUAUAGACAAUUUACUUGAAGCAGACUAUAUAAAGACGCCAAUAAUUGAAAGAGUUUUUCGUGCUGUUGAUAGAGCCGAAUAUUUUCUCCCCGAAGGCAAAUCACACGCUUACAAAGAUUUAGCAUGGAAAUGCGGCAAUCUCCACUUAUCGGCCCCAUGUAUCUACAGCGAAGUAAUGGAAGGUCUCCGGCUAGAACCAGGUUUGUCAUUUUUAAAUCUUGGGUCAGGAACUGGCUACCUAAGUACAAUGGUAGGACUUAUUCUUGGUACUUAUGGAGUCAACCAUGGCAUAGAAUAUCGUCGUGAUGUAAUAUGGUACGCCAACAAAAAACUUGAAGACUUCAAAAGACAUUCAGGAGCUGUAGAUGAAUUUGAUUUUUGUGAACCCAAGUUUGUACAAGGGAAUUGUUUGUGCCUUACCAGUGACUGGAAUGCUCAAUAUGAUAGAGUUUAUUGCGGAGCAGCUUGUCCGGAACAAUUUGAAAGUUAUAUGAAGAAUUUACUCAAAGUUGGUGGUAUACUUGUCAUGCCUUUGAAUGAUCAACUGAUGCAAAUUAAACGCAGCUCUACUACAUAUUGGGAAACUACAUCUCUGCUGCCAGUUUCUUUUGCUUCACUAAUCCAAGUUGUAAAUGAACAAGAGGUCCAAAUGAUCGAAGUGGAGCCCCUUUCCCUGCAAGUUUUGUGCCGUUCAGUAAUCCGUAACAUUUUGAGGAAGAACGUUGAAAAGGAGAAUCCCCCUAUUAAGAGACAACUUACUGCUAAUAAAGCCCCAAAGAAAAAGAGAGCUCUAAGGAGAUUGGUCGCCAGAGUUUUGGAACGUGGACGAGCUGCAUUUGCAGAUGAAGAAGAUGGUUUUCUAAAUUUCGUACUGGGCGCAUUUAAUGAUAGAAAUUUCGUAGCGUAUCAAACUGAUCUAGAGAAUAACAGCAGCAGUAGAGAAAACAAUACGGAAACGGAGCAAUCUAGCGAAGACAAUAGAAUGGAAACUGAUACUACGGAAUCCGCAGAUGAGCAUAAGAAGUCUACAAGAAAUCCUGUGAUUCAUACACAAGCGGUAAUUGAGCAAAAACCUACAAUAAGUACUAGUAGGAAUGAGGCCGACGAAGGACCAAGUAACACGAAUACCGAAAUGAAAUCAUCUUCACCUGAAAAAUCUUCCCCCACGGCCCAUGUCUUGAAUGAAACAGUAGAAGAACACACGGUUAUAAGCCGGAGAGCAGAUGGUGAGGACGUUGAAGAAGAAAGUGGCGAACCACGAGGUGAAACUGCUCCACCAACUGCCGAGCAAUUAAAUGAAAGUGGUCCGAGUCAGGAAAGAGUUCAAGAUGAUGGUAAAAAGAAUAAAAAAAGGGAGAAAGUCGAUAGUGGCUUGGGAGAUGAGAUAGUCGAAGCUCACAGUGUUUCAUCAGAUGAAGAAAGCGUUGAUGAUACUCAUUCAAGUAGCGACGACGAAGAUGACGCUCAGAAAGAAAAACGCAACAAACGUACCCAAAAGUCCGAAAACAAAAAUUUGUCGUCGUUAAAAUGGCGCCGUAUCGAAACCAAUAUAAACACAAUAGUGACUAAUAGCAGCAGCGAUAACGAAACCGAGGAACCUAAAGACAACGAGAUGAAGAUGUAUGACAGUCCCUAUACGGAACAUAUUAAGGCCAAAAUUCAACAGUUGCCAUUACCGACAUGUCUAAAAAGAUACCUCAAUUAUUAUAGAGAAUGUUAGUUAAUUCGUUUGUUACUUAUUAUUUCUUUAUCUCUUAAUGGGUCAAGGGCCAAAUUUAAUUAAUGUAUCAUCUUAAUAUCUACCUUAUUUCUGAUAUUAGAUUUUCAACAUGUUGAAAACGAAACGAUUGUCUAGUUAAA